ACCCAGUUGUUGAACACUGUCCUAACAACACUGAAGUUACCACCAGCCAACAAUUGACUGAGGUCACCUGGGAUCCGCCCAUAUUUUCGGAACCUACGGGAGACCCCUUAGAAAUUUCCUGCAACUAUGAGGACAGCAUGGCAACCCUGGCUAUUGACAAGGAUCAUUUGAUAGAAUGCAAGGCAACAAACCUUGAUAAUUCUAAAACCACUACCUGCAGCUUCAUCAUAAGCGUUAAAAGAGUUCCCUGCCAAGGCCUAGAUCCCCCGAGUAAUGGAGCUCUGGCUUGUAACCUGUGGACUGGUGGCACAUUUUGCUCAAUCUAUUGCAACGAAGCGUUUGACAUUCCAAGAUCAUCUCUGGAAGUCCCUGAAAAUUAUGUGUGUGAUAUAUCUGGCCAAUGGAACCCACAUGACACAGUACCUGACUGCACAGAGACACGGAAUGGAAGGCGAAUAAACCUUCCAAGUGAAGUACAUUACUAUAGUGGCUCCUGCGGUACUAAUCAAACCAAUCUACAGAUCGCAAGUGCAUUCCUCAAUGCCUUUCAGCUUUCAGGAUUUUCAAGCAUCUGCACGGAUAAUGAUGGAUGUGCAGUGGAAAAUGUACAGGUUACGUGUGGACCCAUCGAUGGAGGAAAUGGACGACGGAAGCGGGAUCUUGUGCAAAGGAAGUAUGGACAUAAGGAAGGCCCUGUGAAGAAACUAGAGAAGAGAGAAAUUUCCGAAUACAGGUUUACUGUCAGAUUUUGGUUCGGACGAAAUCUGACGGUCACUGAAGACCAAGACCCAUUUGAUGCAGUUUUGGACUCAGAGGGUGAAAUGAUCGAUCUUGUGGAAACUCUCGUCGAAAAUGGUGAUUUGGACCUCGGAUCAACUGUUUCUGGUGUUUCUUUAGAUCUAGACAAAUCUUCUGUCUCAUUUGAGCUCGCAGAACUGCUGUGCGAUCCUCCAUACACAGCAAACAAUGAUGAUUAUUAUUGUGUACCAUGUGGAAGGGGUUUUCAUUAUGACAAUGAAACUCAGGAGUGUCUACAGUGUGAAGUGGGGACCUACCAAGACUCCCAUGCCCAGUUCACAUGUCAACAGUGCCCUGAAGGACAGUCUACACUUGAUGUUGGAUCCGUCAACAUAACCCAGUGUAGAGAUAUUUGCCAGCCCGGCCAAAGCUCAGACUCUGGACUAGCACCAUGCUAUCCUUGCCAGAUAGGUAGCUACCAAGAGGAAUUAUAUUCUACUGAAUGCGUCACCUGCCCCAAUGGCAGAUCAACUAAAAGCAAAGGUUCUAAUUCAUAUCUUGAUUGUAUUGGUUUCCAUUCCAUGACAAUGAACUAUUGCAGAAAUGGUGUUCUCGUGUGUUCAUCCAAGGGACGACAGAGAAAACUACAGGCAUACCCUGACAGCACAGGCAGUCCCUUCUUUGUUUCCGUGUCAUCCACCCCUCAAGCAGCCUGUCAUCCAUCAGAGGAAGCCUCCCAUUAA